AUGAGUUCGUCGGAGGCGGAUAGCGAGUUGGAAGGCGAUGACGGAUAUGACCAGCUAUAUUCGGACUCCGAUGCCGACGACAUCGAUUUGCCGAAAUGGUAUGAAAACCUACCGACGUUCGGUAAUUGCACCAAACUUUCGGCGUCCGAAAUCGAAGCCCUACGAUUCGAAGCGGAAAAAGUAUUGGAACAUCAGCCACAGGCCGAUCAAAAAAAAUCAUGGAUUACCGAAAUUGCCAAACAGGGUACGUAUUCGGACAAAAUCGCAGCGCUCACCAUAAAGAUCCAAGAAGAUCCAUUGCACAACAUCGCCGCAUUGCAGAAUCUCGUGCACAUGGUAAAAAUUGGCAAAAAGCAACAGUGUUCCCUCGUCAUUGAUUCCUUAACGGAAUUGUUCACCAGGGUAUUGGUGAAAACCGAACUGUUACCUUUUGAGCACCAGCCGUUGAGCGAGUUGUCAAAGGUGGAUGAUUUGAAACAACGUAAGCUGUUGCUUAGCUCAUGGUUAUUUGAAGAGAAACUGAAAAAAUUGUAUACUAGUUUUGUCGAAGCUCUAAGCACCGUUGGUUUAGACUCUGUACCGGUAAAUCGUGAAAAAAGUAUUACAGCUAUGUACAAAUUAUUAAUUAAUAGCACUGAAUGUGAAAUGCAGAUCGUUAAAUACCUCGUGAAUAAAUUUGGUGAUACAGUACAUAAGGUCGCAUCAAAAGCUAUGUAUACAUUGCGGCUUGUUUUAAAACAUCGAUCAAAUCUCAAUCUAACUAUUUUUGAAGAAGUUAGAAAAUUACUAUUUCGUUCAAAUAUCAAUCAAAGAGCUCAAUACUAUGGUAUUUGUUUUUUAACCCAAAUUGACACUAAAGAAAUAGCUAAAGAUGUAAUUGAACUUUACUUGUCAUUCUUUAAAGCGUGUGUGAAAACUGGAGCGAUUGAUUCACGGCUCAUCGGAGCUUUACUGGUUGGUGUCAAUAAAUCGUAUCCACAUGUAAGAAGUGGUAUUCAACCAGAACAAAUACAAACUAUGUAUAAGAUUGUUCAUUUAGCGCCAUUCAACAUAUCUUUACAAGCCUUGUUAUUAAUCAGGCAAUUGGAAAAUAAUGAUAGGUACUAUAGUGCACUAUAUAAAAAAAUAUUAGAUGAGAGAUUCACCACUACGUCACAUCAAGCUAUAUGUAUUCACUUAAUUCACAAAUCCAUUUGGGAUGAUAAAUGUACAGAACGUAUGGUGGCUUUUAUGAAGCGUAUAUUUCAAAUGAGCUUAUAUUGUCCAGUUCCUAUGAUAGCUGGAAUAUUUUGUAUGUCAUCGCGAUUAAUGAAGAAACACAAAGGAAUCAUUGGUAAACCUAUAUUUGAAGAUGUUACAACUGAUAUUACUCCAAAACCAUUGGCUAUUUUAAAUGAUACAAUGAAAAAUGAAGAAGUCGAAGAAGAAAAAUAUUUUGACGUACAAUCCAAUUUAACAGAUUCAACUGAAACACAUUUAAAAUCUUCUUGGUAUCAUGUUAAAGCUCCUCAAGUAGUAAAAGAACCUGAGCUACCUCAAGGGCCCAAGGAAAGAGAAAUUCUAAAUUACUAUGAUUAUACUGCUAGAAAUCCAAGAUAUGCAGGAGGUGAGCAUGCAGUUUUAGCUGAACUUAUUCCUUUAUGUCGACACUAUCAUCCUACUGUUGCAACUUUUGCUAAUAGAAUAAUAUCUGGUAAAUCUAUAUACUAUGAUGGCAAUCCUCUAGCGGAUUUUACCUUAUUACAUUUUCUUGAUCGGUUUUCAUUUAAAAACCCUAAAAAACCAAGAGAAGGAGAGGGUGAAGAAAACGAAGAACUAUUUAGAUCGGUUGGUACUUCUCGAAAGCACUAUGUCCCUAAAGGGUUAAAAAGCAUGUCUGUAGUAAGUGAAGAAUAUUUAAGACACGAAGAAAAACAAAUACCCUUAGAUGAAGUAUUCUUAUACAAAUACUUAAAACAAAGACCAAAACAGAAUAAAAAACAUGCUGAAAAUCCUGAUGAAGAUGGUUUUAGUGAUGUUGACAGUGUUAACAGUGAUGAUUUCAAUGAGUUAUUAGAUGGCAUGAUGGGUGCUAAGAAAAAGAAAAAGUAUGAUUUUUCACGUGGUUUUGAGAAGGAAAAAUCUAAAAGAGUUAAGAAGCCCAUCGAGGAAGAAUCUGAAAGUGACGACGACGAUGACGACGAUGAUUUUGCUGUUCCACGAAAAUCUAAGAACUUGGCAGAUCUAGCUGUGCCUGCAGAAAAGUUUGCAGCAAUGUUGGAUGCAGCUGGGAAAAAAAAAUCUGGCGGAAGAGAUGACAUAUUAAUAAGGGACAAUGCUUCAACAAAACAACUUGAUUGGGAAAAAAAGAAAAGCGGUGGAAAGCGCAAGAGAUUAGAAGAUGGUAGAAAAAACAGAAAACGACAUCAUAUACAAAACCGAUGA